CGUCAGUAUCUCAGUAGCUCACCCCGUCGUCCUGGGGCUCCACAUACAGCUCAUCACCGAUCCUGGACAGCGAGAGGAUGGCUUUGGCCAGAACUGGACGUGUGUAAGUUUAAAGGAACACUGGCAUGCUCCGGUGAUCCUCCCAUCACACUGACGGAAAUGGCUGCUGGAGAAGACGAGUGACAACUGAAACCGUGGACAUUUAAAUGAAACCGAGACCUUGAGGGGACACAAGACGACUGCUGCUGAAUCACUUGAGGAUCAUGGAGGAGUGGGACCAGUGUGAGAGCGAAACAUCUCGGAGAAGAGGCACAAGCAGCAAGGGAAAAUAAACUUUUCUUUCCUAACUGAGGGAGUGAUGUAUUAUAAGAAAUGGACCUGUGUUGAUAUUUGCUGUGAGGAACCGUUAAAAGAGUAAUGGAAAAAGAUUGGAACAUGAUAAAAGAAAGAAAUAACCAUCACAGGAAUCUUGACAAAAGAAGUUGGACACAGGGUUGACUUUUAUUUUUUCUACAGUUUCUUUUGUCAUGGUCUUCAGUUUCUUUUUAAUCAUGACAAUACAUAACACUGUGAGGAAUCUUAUUCAUUGAAUAUAAUGUUAACUUAUUGUUGACAUGUUUUUCUUUGACUUUUGGAUUUGAAUCGCAACAAUAUUUGUUCCUAGAUGUCUCACUCACAUACUCCCACAGACACUCAGGGCAUGCUGCAGUCCAUGCUGCAGAGACUGAGGCUCCAGCCAGGAAGAGAGGGUCAGCCCCUCCUGCACAGCCCCGGGUCCAUCACAGCUGCCUCUAACCGCCCUUUCAAUGGCUUUGAGUAUGGUACCAAUGGAAUCUCUGCUGGGGACGAAUUGGUCCUCAAAAGUGGGGAAAUACGACAAGCAAGUGCUGGCUGUGGAAUGGACAGGGGUCUUGUUUCCUUCCCCUCACAGAACAACAUUGUCGAUAAGGACACGGGUGAGAACAGGGUGUUGGGAGAGGCCACAUCACCUCGUGUCACCCCAGCAGGAACUGGGCAGUUGUUUCCUGCUAAAUCACUUAAAGGGGCUGAUAUAACUUCCUUUGAGGAGACUGAUAGGGAAAAGGGGACCUUUUGCAGUUCGGCUAUGACAGGGCAGGUCCCUGCUCUCACAAACUCAGGACAGAAUGCGAUCCAGGAUCUGGUAAAGGUUCAGGGUUUUGCACCUAAAGUCUACAUGUGGUCGUUGACGCCCACAGCGGCAAAUAUUGACACAGGAAGUCAAGAGAGUAAAGUGCUUCAUGUGGGAAAUGGAGAAUUUGGAGCUUCGGCGCAAAGUAAAGACAUUCAGUUUGUCGCAAGUGGCCAAACGACAAAGAACAGCAGCUCCCGACGAAAACAGCGGUCGACGGAGAGUAAGCCAAGGAGAUGGACGCAGAAGAUCAAGGAGAGAUGGAUGGACAGGCAGGGGAGUUCUGUCAAAAGGGAGAAAGAGGAUGGAGGGAGAGUUGACCAGAACAGUCAGCAGGGAACUGAGAUUUCCCCUCAGAAGCAGCCACUGCCGGCAGAACAUCUCAUCAUUACAUCACAUAAAGAGGAAGAGGGGACGCUGGUCUCAUUAGACGCCAGUGAAGCCCCUCCACCACAUACAGACGACCGCUGUCUCGAAGAGCGAUUCAGGCCUUCUAGUGACUCUGCGUUUGGCCUGGGCUCAUUCAGCCUCCUGGAGGAGAUUGUCACAGGUCAAGAGUGGGCCAGGUUCCUGAAGCCCAACCUGCCGGCUGCCUCAGCCAAUCAGAGACCAUCAGGGGAGCCGCCGAGCCAACUCAAACACCCCCCGGAUUUCAUCAUGGCACAGAUAUCACCUGAUAGAUAUUACCAACCUGUGAACAUGGAUGUUUCAGAGGGAAAACAGCAGCAGCACGUUUUAGUGGCUGAUCAGCCAGAACCAAUGGAGGAGUGGCUGCCUGGAGAGAGAGGGCGGGGGCAGCAGCCAAGACCUCAAUCAUUUGUUGAGCGUGCAGAUAUUCUGGACAACCCAUUACUGAAGAGAAUCCAGCUGAACAGAAAGAGACAGCAUCAUUCAGCUGCCAGGGACGCAAGGCUGGCAACUUAUGAAACAGCAUCUGCAUCUUCGCCGAGAGUGACCAGCAGCCAUGUGAUGGAUGAAUCUGCAGAGUCGCAGCAUGAUGUUCACAUGCCUUUAAACCCCCUGAAGUCUCCUCCCGCCCCUCUCCCCCCAUUCAAACCCGUCGCCCCUGCACCUCGGGGUGUCCUCAAACACUCCAUGUUCCUUGAUUCAGAGCCCUCGAUGGAAAUAGUGACAAAAAGGCGGCGAGUCGAGGAGAACCGCAGGGUUCGUUUUUCAGAGGAGGUGUUGACCAUAGACCCUCCGGAGCUGGAUUUGGAUGCUGAAGACUCGGAGGAUGAUUCUGGAGCAGAGGACGACUCUGUGAUCGAGCAGGAGUUUGAGGUGGAGCAGUUGGAGACGGAGAAGGCGGAAGCAGCAACAGCAGCAGCAGCAGUGGCAGCAGUGGCAGCAGUAGCAGCACGACGGUCUGUCCUCCCUGCCUGGAUACAGGCUCUAAAGAGGAGGAACACUGGGAGGAAGCACAGAUAGUAACAGACAGAGAAACUUUCUGAAACACAAGAGAGAUUUUUUUUGCUUUUCUGUUACUUGUUUUGUAAAAGAUAUUAUUUUGGGAGCUCAGAGGCCAUGGACAUUCACAGCAUAGGGCUAAAGUUACCAAAUAUACAAUUGAUCUGCCCUUCUACUGUGGUUGCGUAAACAAUCUGAUUGAAAGAUAAUGCCUCAAGCCAUUGCCUCCUCCAGCUAAUUCCUUUUUUACUCACAUUUAUCAAUUCUUCUGAAUUGGGACGAUGUGAAAAAAGUGACAUUAUGACAAUUAACAAACCCAUGGACACACACACACCUUUUUUUUAUGCCUGAGGAAACAUUUUUUCUCUAUCAACAGACAAGCUGCAGUGGACUUUAUGAUCCAGUGUAUUCUAUUAUUUAUCCAUUCGAUGCAUUAUAAUGAUUCAUUUAUUACAUUAAACUUUGUGGCUAACUGCUGUGAA